AUGUUAAAUCUAUAUGCUAAACGACUGCCAAUGGCUUUUAGGCCAAAUGAGAUUACAUCAUCUCUUCUUAAACCACGGGUAUUGAGAACAGCUCCAUCACUACCAAAAAUCAAGCAUUAUUCUACAUUCAAUUCAUAUGCUGAAAAUGGUAGUAGUAAUGAUCAACAGAAUAAUAAGAAAAAGAAUAAAAUUGGAAUUUGGCCAAGAAUUAAAUCAUUUACCACUUUUACAGUUUCAGGAACCUUAGUCGUUGGUGCUGUUGGAUUAUCGGCGAUCGUCAUUUAUUUAAUCACAUCUGAACUAUUCUCACCUUCUGGUGAUACUAGAAUGUUUAACCGUUCGGUUUCUCUUGUGGAAAAAGAUGAAUCUUCAAGGUCUUUAUUACAGUGUGAUGAUGAUGGUGAUAGCAAGGAAAGAUUAAAGGCAUAUGGUGAAGUUUUUGCAAGUGAUAAAUGGACAAGAAAUAGACCCGCCACCUCACAGAAGAAAUUGGAUAAAUCAGGUAGAUUUCAUUAUUCCAUGAGGUUCAACGUUGAAUCCAAGAAGAGGAGAGGUUUAGUUCAUGUGGAAGCCGUUGAUUCUGACGAGCACUAUCAACCAGAUAUCAUCAGUUUGUACAUCGAUGUACCGGGUGAAAAGCGUCAUUAUUUGAUUAAGCCUAAAUUGAACACAAUUGUGAGGCCAAGCGGAUUUUUAGGUGUUCAUUGGGGUCCAAAGAGAGAUUGA